GAGAUGUAAUGUUAUGUAAUUGCGAGAUUACCUGGCGGAUGUCCGAAAGCGAAUAUUAAAGACUGUUUGAGUCUUUGAACGGCUACGUUGAUCCGCGUAAUCAGUGAGACGGACAUUUUCUUGGAGGUUAGGUGGACCGUACUUCGUAAUCUGCCGUAGUCACAGAGUGGGACUAGGCGGGCCUAGCGCGACCAGGUGGACUGUGGAAAGGUGGUACAACGUGCUUCUUCACAAAAGAUUGCCGUCUCACAACAGUCUUGGCGAUGGCUUCUAUAAGGUCUGGUAGAAUUUGUGCUCGGGUGCACGAGAAACUGUGUCAGUGGGGACAUUCACAAAUCAUCACGAAAAGACCGACGUGUGUGCGCGAAAAAUUUGGAUUUCAAACGCCGAACAGGAACUUUGUGCAGGACACCACACAGGCCCAAGCGAUAAACAAUGCCGUCGCAGCAGCAGCAGCCUCCACAUCUUUGACGACGGCGGGGUUUUGGCACCCUUGCAUAAGGCCCGAAAUAACCGGAACUGCCCGGACUUUUGCCACGAUGAGGACGCAACAGCCUGGCUCUCUUCCCGACUACCAAGUCGAUCCCUACGUGAUACUGGAAGACGACCUCAAAGACGUUUACGACUACAUCAGAAAUGCCUUGAGAAGAAAUACAUUCCAAGAUAAUUUAUACGAAAUAGCGACAUACUACUUCGAUGGACACGGGAAGGCACUGAGGCCCAUGGUCGCCAUAUUGAUGGCGAAAGCGAUAAAUUACCAUAUGUACAAGGAAAAAAGUGGUCUUUUGUCAUCGCAAAGAGAGGUAGCGAUGAUAUCGGAAAUGAUCCACACAGCAUCACUCGUCCACGAUGACGUCAUCGACCAGUCGGAUUUUCGGCGGGGGAAACCCAGUGUCAACGUCAAGUGGAAUCACAAAAAAGUCACAAUGGCUGGAGAUUUUAUCCUAGCUGUAGCGUCUAUGAUGAUCGCAAGAUUGAGAAAUAACGAAGUCACGUCUGUUUUAAGUCAGGUUGUAACAGAUCUAGUCCAAGGAGAAUUCAUGCAGUUAGGAUCUAAAGAAACUGAAAACGAAAGAUUUGCUCACUAUCUCACCAAAACGUACAGAAAAACAGCCUCGCUCGUCGCAAAUUCAGUCAAGUCGGUAGCUAUAUUGGCCGAAGCCGACGAGGACAUCACCGAAAUAUGCUUCCAGUACGGCAGAAACCUUGGACUGGGAUUUCAGUUAGUCGACGAUUUGCUGGACUUUGUUUCGUCAGCCGAAGCGAUGGGAAAACCGACAGCGGCAGACUUGAAGCUUGGCCUUGCAACUGCACCCGUUCUCUUUGCCUGCGAAAAAUAUCCUGAAUUGAAUCCGAUGAUAAUGCGGAGAUUCCAAGAGCCAGGCGACGUAGAAAGAGCUUUCGAACUGGUGCACAAAUCCAGAGGGCUGGACCAGACGCAGUUCUUGGCGCGGCAGCACUGCCAAGAGGCCGUCAGGCUUGCCAACCUGAUGGCCGAAAGUCCCUACCAGAAGGGACUCAUCGUCACUGCCGAUUUCGUGCUGAACCGCAUGAAAUAACGCUCAGAAAUAAUAGGUACGGUCUAGGUAGAUUACUUGUAGUUAUGAAAUUCACCUGAGAGUGGUUCGUUGAGCGGUCCUGAUGGAUGGGAUUCUGAGUGUUUGAUGUUUAUGAGGUGAAAGGCUCUGCACUGUUCCAAUAGAGGCAUUAAAGUAAUCCAAUAAUAAUUUAGAAAGGCUCCCUCUGUAGCUCUCUUUGUAUGCCAAGCUAUAUAUAUUCUUGUGUAAAUAUGACGAUGUUAUCGAGCGUAGAUGACAAACGAAACCGGUCUUGGUACCGUGCCUUGUGGAACACCUGAAAGUAUUCGCCUUUGGAACAAUGCAGAGUCCUUCUGUUGAAAGGUCGACCGUUAAACGCACCUAUAUUUUAUCUACAGUAGCUUACAGUGUAACACCGUACACUUGAAACGGGAUAUUUUUGGUCGCUAUGCACGUCGGGUGGUAGAAAUGAUUAUGAAUGUUUGAUGCCUGUUCUGCGUGAGUGUGUUGAUUUCGUUGAUGUUUUAGGGCGGAAGAGAGCAACUAGGAAGAUUAACUCAAAGAUGUACAGAUUUUUGUGGAUAUUAAAUAAGUUUAUAUUGCUAAUUACUAUACAGGGUGGCAACUGAUUUGAACUCUACUUUGGGAUAUUAUUGGAGUAUCAACUAAAAAAUGGGACCUAGUAUGAUUUUUUGAAUGGUGGGUCAGUGAAGAUAUAUAAUAUCACUCAUUUUUAAAUACACAAAGUGGUCAAAAUACAUAAAAAAUCAAUUAGAAUUACGAAUUGGAAGUGAACAAAAACAUUAGCUUUUUAGAGUUUUUAUAGAAUUGCUUUGGUUGAUGACUAUUUUCUUCAUAAAAAAAAUAAGCAAAUUUUAAUUUAUUCAAUCUAUGAAACCACCGAAAGGUCAGUAAGAUCAGUGUAAUUCAUUUAAUGUCGUUAUAUACUUUAAUAAUUGAUGCAUUUAUACAUGAAAUUUCGGUGUAAUAACCUGAAAUGACUUGAAACGAUAAUUUUCUCAACAACAUAUUUCAUUAUAAUGACUUUGUUACUUCAAGGAAAAUUUUGUUAAAUGUAAUUUCAGAAGUUAUUAUGGCGCUGUAAUAUAUUACAGUAACAUUGUCACUGUCACUGUAAUAUAUUUGAUCGACAUUGUUCAUUAUAAAUAUGAAAUUUGGUCUAUGAAAUUAAAAAGUUUGUGCUUACUCAUUUUAAAUAAUUUACUUGUGAUUCUUUGAAAUGUUUUGUCAAAUAUAGUUGAUUUCAAAACAAUUAUUAUCUUUUCACGUUAUUUUCACUAUAGCCCAAAAUAUUUGAAAUUCAUCCUUUUUUGUCUCUAUUGGAAAAUAGAAGUAAUUUAAAUGAUUGUUUUUACCACUUUACAUGAAGAUGGUUAUCAAGCCGAAACGUGCAUAGUGAAAUAUAUCUAAUUUUGAAUCUAUUGUAAAAAAUAUACUAGUGAAACCCAAAUAUGAAAUAUGAGUUUCUUCAUUGUUGUAAAACCAUACUAUUUCGACAAAAAAACUUUUUUUCUAUUUUUUUACUCAUAAUAAUUCCCAAAGUGUCAAACAUUAAUCUGCUUCACCCAUUUAAACUACUCGGUUAAGGUUGGUUGAGGUAAAAGCCAAAUUGAAGUUUGAGUAUUAGGAAUCAAAUCGGGUCAUCAGGAUGGCUACGCCAUGUAACUUAUUUUUCACUUUCAGUAUAUUGCAAAAACAUAAUCAUGAGGAAUGAAAUUUAAGUUUAGGAUUUUCUUUUUUCUUUUGGUCAUAAAAUGCUCAUUAAAUUAUUCAAUUGCUCGUGUAAAAAAAGACCAGUUCCACGCUGUAUAUACUUUUAUUGGAUAGAACCUUGACAAUGGUAUCACACACUCAACCGUGGCACUGUUCGAGCCUAAUUUCAAUAGCAGAUAUCUUCUUUUUUGUAAGCAACUUGUUUCACGAUUUGGUACUUUUCAGUUGUAGUUGAACUGUGAGGAAAAACUUCUUCCCGGUAUCAAAUUAUGAAACACAUUUUUGUUAUCUGUUUUGUAGUAAUUAUUAUUCUUUAAGUGUAUAUAAAUAUGUACUGUUAUUUUUUUAUUAUGGAUAUAUUGUUAAUAUGUAUAUUUGAGUCACUGUGUAAUUUUUUAAUGGAAUAAAAAAGUAUGACUGUUA